AUCGAGGGUUUGUUUCAACUAUUGUGGUGUGAUCGGCUGCGUUUCAUCACGCGAGAAAAAAUUGAUAACGUGACUACGGCAGCAGACGCCCCAGAGGAAAGGGUGCCUCCCGCAGCAGGCCCUCAACAAACGGCAGAAAGUGGGAUGGGAGAAGCGGAUUGGCGGCCUUUCGUAUAUGGAGGUCUUGCUUCCUGCGCAGCCGAAUUCGGUACAUUUCCAAUUGAUACUACGAAGACUCGUCUGCAAAUUCAGGGGCAGAAAAUUGAUAGCAACUAUGCUGAGCUCAAGUAUCGUGGAAUGAUUGAUGCUUUUUGUAAGAUAACAAAGAAAGAAGGUUUUGGGGCAUUAUACGCUGGUAUUUGGCCCGCUGUUCUAAGGCAAGCCACCUACGGCACGAUAAAAUUUGGCACGUAUUAUUCGUUGAAACGCAUUGUUUCGCAAGGCAAGGAAGAUGACGUUGCCGUCAAUGUGUGUUGUGCAGUUAUUGCAGGCAUGGUCUCCAGUGCAAUUGCCAAUCCAACAGAUGUACUUAAGGUGCGCAUGCAAGUGCUGGGUGGCCAGAGAGGAUUGCUUGACUGUUUCCAAGAAGUUUAUCGGUAUGAAGGAGUUGGUGGGCUGUGGAGGGGUGUUGGACCCACAGCCCAACGAGCAGCAGUCAUUGCGGCUGUGGAAUUGCCUGUUUAUGACUUGUGUAAACAACACCUAAUGACAACAUUUGGCGAUCAUGUUGCUAAUCACUUUAUUUCCAGUUUCAUAGCAAGCCUUGGUAGUGCAGUAGCAUCAACACCAAUUGAUGUUGUACGUACAAGGCUGAUGAACCAGAGGAAACUUAAAGCUGUAACCCGUGAUACCAAAUCUGUUCGCAUAUAUACUGGCAGUAUUGAUUGCCUUGUCCAGACAGUGAAGAAUGAAGGAUUUCUUGCCUUAUACAAAGGCUUUAUUCCCACAUGGGUUCGAAUGGGGCCCUGGAAUAUCAUAUUCUUUGUAACUUAUGAACAGCUGAAGCACUUGUACUGAGGAGCAUUCUACUCAUGUCGUUUACAGCAUUUACCAAACACAAUACUUAUUAUUUAUUUUACACUGUUCUUUUAAGUAUUUUGCUUGUAGAACACAGCCCAAAGGUUCAUAUUUUUAAGAGUGGUCAAAGCAUUGUGUUUGUUGCAUUUUCAGAUUGUGCUAUUUAUGUAGUCAAAGCUUUAAUUUGUGGCAGUGAAUCUCACUUUUCAUUUUCCAUUUUUGUCAUUGUUUUUGAAGAAGUUAUCCUUUCUUGUUAAAGGAAACAUACAGAUGACUAAAAAAUAAAUAAAAAUACAGUAUUUAAUACACACAUCUGAAAUCUAUGUUCAAAGAAAUGACAUACAUCAAGAAACAGCAGGUUUCAAAGUCAGAAGAGUCAGUUUCUAAUCAUUGUACAAUGUUUCAUAGAAAAAGUAUUAUGCACAGUAUUCCUGUAAAGUGACGGACCUUUACAUUUAAUGUGUAGUACUGUUCCAGAUAUUCUAAUGAAUCACCUGAGAAUUGGGAAUUCUAUGUUUGGAUUAACUAUGUUUAUUAGUACUUAAGUUAGGCCUUAUAAUGAGGUCCAGUAUCUGUUGACAAAAGAGGAACUGUGAUAUGUCAAAAAUUGUAUUGCGUAGAUACUUUUUUUAAUUCCAUUGUAACAUCAAAUUGGUUGCAUUUGAACAGAAUUUUGUUUCAAUAUUGUUAUACGCUUUUGAUAAAAAAAUUUCAUUUCACGGAAUUACACUAAAUAUAACAUUUAAAAAAACUUUUUUAUUUAACUUAUAACAGUGCGUAUUUAUACUGUUUUCUUACUUUGAAGACUGAAAAAUUUCAAGUAGUGUUCAGAGCAUUAGAUGCUCUUGACUAUUCUUGUGUAGCAACUGCUGGUCAGUUUGCCUUAAGUGAUGUGACUCAUUUCCAAAGAUUUAAAGAACAAGUGGCAGACAAAGAAUGACACUUAAGUGUUGCAAUCAUUGUUCACAACUGAUUGGAUAUAAAGGUUCCUUCAAUUGCAUAAAUACUGUUAUCCAUCAAUUAUUCUAAAUUUCAUGAAAGGUAAACAGUGGUGUAAUUUUGAGUACUUUUCCAGAAAUACUCUUAUAUUGGUCAGUCCCAGUACUGUCAAGUUCAGUCAUGUAUCAAUGAAUUUGAAUAUUGGCAGCUUAUUUACAUAAUCAAUAGUUUCAGAAAAAAAGGUAGGCAAGAAACUGUCAAAAUGUAACUGUUAAAUUUCUGUAAUCAGAGUGCACAGUGGUAUUUGUGAAUCAGUUUUGAAUUGGGUUUUACAAUUUAAAAAUUGACUUGAAGAAGAAGUGGAUCCCUAAAAGAUAUGUUACUACUAGUGGCAUGAGCAAAAAUUUGGACAAAUGCCACUGAACAAAAUUAUGUAUUAACAUAAAACCUCCAUUUAUACUCCACCCCUUCAUUCUUGCUCAGAUUCACAUUUGUUCAAACAUACUUACACUUACAAAGGUACUCUACUCUAAUUCUAUACAGAAUGCAGAAAUUUAUUGUGCACUUUUUAUGACAUUGGUGUAACAUCCAGUACAGCAUACCAAUCAAUACUGUUCUCUACUCUAUUAUUGAUUCUAGUACUUUUAUCCACUAUGGGAAUCAAAUUUUGACUUCUGUCUAUAGGGAUAAAUUAUACAGAAUCUAACUGGUUCAGGAUUCUGUGUCUU